AUGUCUCUCCCCGAACGGCCGGGCGCGAGUCCGACAUACGAUCAGCGCAAUGUCUACCGGAACUCCCCCUCGAGGCGAUCGCGCCCUGCUGACGUCGAGGCUGGUGGCUAUCACCCCGUAGGAGAACAACAUCAACGUGGGAAAUCUGCCUCUUCCUUCGCUGACACCAUCGGUCCUAAUUCCAAUACAGAGAGUAUGCCUCUGUCACCAACCAGCCCUCCGGGCCACUCGAGGCACGGUAGCAGCUCCGCCCAGCCUGUCUCGCGGAAGAGAAGUCUGAUUCGACCUGAGAGGAACAGAAUCGACGAGGGCCACCGCAACUAUCACUACCACAAGCAUGCCGCCCAUGCCGCUCACAUGAACGUCCUCCCGUCCUCGACGGGUAAUGACCCCAUCCUCGAGGACUUGGAAGGUUCGACAGAACGCUCCGGCUCCAACCUCAACGAAAAUGCUUCCCAAAACUCGCCCCAUGGCUCACAACGACGGCAAGUGAGCGGAGACCAGGAAAAGGGAAGAGCCCGUGGUAAUUCUCGAGCUAAGCCUAGCCGUACCAAAUCGGGCAAGAUUACAAAGAAGACGAAGCAUAAGAGCAAGCAGAUUGAGGAGAAGCUCCGCCCACCCAGUUUCUGGAACGUAUACUGUGCCAUCAUUACCUUCUGGUCACCUAGUUUCAUCAUGAAGUGCUGCGGCAUGCCCACCCGAGCGCAACAGCGAGCUUGGAGAGAGAAGAUGGGUCUGAUCAGUAUCAUUCUGUUCAUGAUGGGCUUCGUCGGUUUCUUGACCUUUGGCUUCACUGCGGUUGUUUGCAGUUCCCCUCCCGAGCGACUUCGCGUCAACAAGGUUGGUUCUGGGUACAUGAUCUUCCACGGCGUUGCCUACGAUCUUUCGACGUCCCACCAUCCCGCCGCCGAAGGAAUCCCCCUGCGAUCCGAUGGACUGGGUGCCAACGUCCUCUACGAUCUUCCCGAAAAGCACGGCGGACAAGAUGGCAGCUUUCUGUUCCAGAACGUCAAUGGCAAGUGUAAGGGUUUGAUCACCCUUGCAGAGGGCUCUGACGUUCCGACCAACAGCGAUAAGGAUCUUGCCUGGUAUUACCCUUGCACAACCUUCAACCAGGACGGCUCGUCAAAGGUCAACACAACGAUUCCCUACUACCUUGGCUAUGCUUGUCACACCACUCUGGACUCGAGAAACGCCUUCUACCUCGACCUGACCGGUUCCGCCGACGUCUACUUUAGCUGGGCCGAUAUUAAGAACACCUCGCGCAAUCUGAUUGUCUACUCCGGACACGUCUUGGAUCUUGAUCUCCUGAACUGGUUCAACACGAGCCAAGUCGUCAUUCCUGAUCGCAUGAAGGAACUCAGGGACACAGAUUCCGAUGUGAAUAAGGCUAUCCGCGGCCGCGACGUCACCCGAAUGUUUCAGUCGUCCGAUGACAAGCAGUAUGCUCAGUGCUUCGAGGAAAUCAUCAAAGUCGGCUCCGUUGACACUGAAACCGUUGGCUGCAUUGCCUCCAAGGUUGUUUUGUACUGUGCCCUUGUUUUGAUUCUGGCCGUUGUUGGUGCCCGUUUCUUCCUGGCCGUCAUCUUCCAGUGGUUCAUCUCCAGUAAAUAUGCUGCGGCCAAGACUUCUCAGAGUUCUGAUCGCCGAAAGCGCAACCGCCAGAUCGAGGACUGGUCCGACGACAUCUACCGAGCUCCCGUCAGAUUGCCUGGCGACAUUGGAAGCACCGUUGCGGGAUCAUCUGACCGAACUAGCAAGCGCGGAUCUUUCCUCCCUACCACCUCACGAUUCUCGACUGUCGCUGGUGCCGAGCGGGCACCGGCCCAGCGCCGUGUGCCCACGACCAUGGCCAGCCAAGGUGCCUCUAGCCAGCUCCUCCAACCCGGUUCAAUUUACAAGCAAGGCAACGACAGUCGUGCCAGUUUCCUCCGAUCGGACCCGUAUGCUACCAGCGCCCCUACGGAUGGCCCUGGUCCUGCUGGUUUCAUCCAUGACUCUGUUGUUCCCCAACCUCCGUCGGACUGGAUGCCUUGGGGUUUCCCCUUGGCUCAUACGAUGUGCCUGGUCACCGCCUAUUCCGAAGGAGAAGAAGGUAUUCGAACAACCCUGAACUCGAUUGCCACCACCGACUACCCGAACAGCCACAAGGUUAUUGUUGUUAUUUGCGAUGGUAUCAUCAAGGGCAAAGGAGAGAAGUUUUCAACUCCGGACGUUUGCUUGGGCAUGCUUAAGGACCACUCUAUCCCACCUGACAUGGUUGAGCCCUUCUCCUACGUCGCCGUUGCCAGCGGCUCCAAGCGACACAACAUGGCUAAGAUUUACUGCGGUUUCUACGAUUAUGGUACUGCCUCUCAGAUUCCUACGGAUCGACAGCAGCGAGUGCCCAUGAUGGUUGUGGUCAAGUGUGGAACUCCCGACGAGGCUAGCCAGUCUAAGCCCGGUAACCGAGGAAAGCGAGACAGUCAGAUCAUUCUCAUGUCCUUCCUCCAGAAGGUCAUGUUCGAUGAGCGAAUGACUGAGCUCGAGUACGAAAUGUUCAAUGGACUAUGGAAGGUUACUGGAAUAUCGCCCGAUUACUAUGAAAUUAUUCUCAUGGUUGAUGCCGAUACAAAGGUUUUCCCCGACAGUUUGACGCACAUGGUUUCCGCUAUGGUUAAGGAUCCCGAUAUCAUGGGUCUCUGCGGCGAGACGAAGAUUGCCAACAAGCGCGAAAGCUGGGUUACUGCUAUCCAGGUGUUCGAGUACUUUGUCUCUCACCACCUUGCCAAGUCCUUCGAGUCCGUCUUCGGUGGUGUCACCUGUUUGCCCGGUUGCUUCUGCAUGUACCGCAUCAAGGCGCCCAAGGGAGCCCAGAAUUAUUGGGUGCCCAUUCUGGCGAAUCCCGAUAUUGUCGAGCAUUACUCAGAGAAUGUGGUCGAAACGUUGCACGAGAAGAACUUGUAUCUCCUCGGCGAGGAUCGAUUCUUGACGACGCUGAUGCUGCGGACGUUCCCCAAGCGAAAACAGGUCUUCGUCCCCCAGGCUGUGUGCAAAACGACGGUGCCCGAAAAGUUCAUGGUUCUCCUUUCUCAGCGACGUCGCUGGAUCAACUCCACCAUCCACAAUCUUAUGGAGCUGGUCCUGGUCCGUGAUCUUUGUGGUACCUUCUGCUUCAGUAUGCAAUUCGUCAUCUUUAUCGAACUCGUUGGUACCCUUGUCCUCCCUGCCGCUCUCGCCUUCACUAUCUACGUUGUUGUGACGUCAAUUGUGAACUCACCGCCACAGAUCAUUCCCUUAGUUCUCCUGGCCCUCAUUCUAGGUCUCCCCGGUCUUCUUGUCGUUAUUACCGCUCACUCAUGGUCCUACAUCGUUUGGAUGUUGAUCUACCUGAUGGCCCUACCGAUUUGGAACUUUGCUCUGCCAACGUAUGCCUUCUGGAAGUUUGACGACUUCUCAUGGGGUGACACCCGAAAGACGGCUGGAGAAAAGACCAAGAAGGCCGGCCUUGAGUAUGAGGGAGAGUUCGACAGCAGUAAGAUCACCAUGAAGCGCUGGGCCGAGUUCGAGCGCGACAAGCGAUCCAAGAACGGCUACUGGGGCUCCCGCGAGAACGUCGUCGGUGGCGGAGGCAGCUGGACGAGCCCUCCUGGUCAUCAGUAUAAUGAGGAGUACUACUCGGAUGCUUGA